UGGAAAACAAAAAUUACUCGUUAGUCAUUAUUUCAAAAUAUCUUUUGAAAAUGAAUUAGUAACUGCAAAUUCACAAUCAAUCUCAUAUAUAAGUAUCGUUAUACUUGUUCUAUUAAUGGGGUUGAUUGAAAUUGACUUACUUGUCAAUUGCUUGUUUUAAGGUUAAUUCAAAACCGAUUUUUAUACUCUUUGGUUUAAGGAGUGCAAGGCCUAUUAUUUUACUUGGCAAUAAUAUAAUUGUGUAGUGUUUUGUUCUAACUGUUAUUAAAUAUAACGAUUAUCACCAUGGAUAAUUUAGAAGCGAAUAUAAUGGAUAAGUCGAUGCGAUCGGUCUUCGUAGGAAAUAUUCCUUACGAAGCCACCGAAGAGAAAUUAAAAGAUAUUUUUGGUGAAGUCGGUCAAGUAUUGUCAUUUAAACUUGUUUUUGAUAGAGAAACCGGCAAACCAAAGGGAUAUGGAUUUUGUGAGUACAGAGACCAAGAAACCGCCCUGAGCGCAAUGAGAAAUUUGAAUGGAUACGAAAUAGGAGGAAGAAACCUCAGGGUAGACAAUGCCUGUACUGAAAAAUCUAGAAUGGAAAUGCAGAACUUGUUGAAUCAGCCACCUGUGGAGAAUCCGUAUGGUGAACCUAUCCAAGCAGAUAAAGCACCAGAAGCCAUAAGUAAAGCUGUAGCGUCUCUACCUCCAGAACAAAUGUUCGAACUGAUGAAGCAGAUGAAAUACUGUAUCCAAAAUAAUCCUAGUGAAGCACGACAAAUGCUUCUCCAGAAUCCGCAACUAUCAUAUGCUUUACUCCAAGCUCAGGUUGUGAUGAAAAUAAUCGAUCCUCAUACUGCUGCCAGUAUGCUACACCCAAGCACACCUGUUCCACCUCCGUUGAUGUCCAAAGAUUCAUCGAUGGCGGGACCUGUGCCGAUAAGUAGUGCUUUCCUACAUCAAUCAGCCCCACCACCGCGCCCGGAGUUCCAACCAGUACCCCAAGUUCAUACCAUUCAUCCCAACAGCCAACCAGUAUUUUCUAGUCAAGAUAUAGACCUUCGGUCUCUGGACAUCAGAGGUCCAGUGCCUGAUCCCAGAAUGCCAAGAAUGGCCGACCAGGACAUGAGAAGCAUCCCGGGACCUCUACCCAAUCCCCUACCACCGCCAGUGGCGGAGAAUUUCACCAGGGAUCCCAGAGGGCCAGGUGCUGCGUUUCCAGCUGAUCCCCGGGGUUCCCAAACUGGUUUUCCCAGCGAUCCGAGGAUUAGCAGCGAUCCCAGGCCUGCUCCGUUCAUCAACGACCCCAGGCAGACUGCUAGGGUGGACCCUCGACAAAAAGCUGCCCCUCUGCAGAAUCCGCAGCCUGUUCGGCCACCAACGCAAAUACCACCUCAAGCUCCACAGCCUGUACCUCCUAGACCUGUAGCUGCUCCUGCAAGUAUGGCAGCGGCAGGGGCCAAUAUAGGUCCAGCAGGGGCGUCUGAUCAAGAGAAAGCCGCACUUAUUAUGCAGGUGCUGCAGUUGUCAGAUGAACAGAUUGCGAUGUUACCGAUGGAACAGAGAAGUAGUAUUUUGUUGUUGAAGGAACAGAUUGCGAAGAGUGCCAAUAGGACUUGAACUUUUGUUAUGACUUUAUUUUAUUCGACCGAUUCAUUUUUUGUCAUUUGUUUUCUCUCUGUAUCGAAAAUUUUAUGUUUAUCAUAAAUUUAUUAUAUUAGUUUCUAAUAA